CUCAUACUAGCAUUCGCCAAAACUGCCGGAGACGAGGAUCCGGAUGUGGGGCACAUUUUCACGACAGGUCCAGUCAUGUCAUUCCAAGAGUUGCAAGAUUCGUUUGAAAUCCAGAUUUCGUCGGCGAAUCUUUUUCUGGUCGACAACAAAUACUUGGUGCUAAACCCUCCCAUUCAUCAAGCACCCAUGAACAAGAAAAUAGAUGAUUCAGUUUUCAAGAAAGUUCUGUGUGAAGCUGGGGAAUCAAUAGCUCGCAACAAGACAUCGUUCGCCGCUCUAUGUGGGGUUGGACUGCUAGCUGCGUUGUGCCACAAAGACAUCAUUCCCAAAGAAGGUAUCCAGGCAUGGGCAACAUCAAUCCAAGGUAGUGCCAAAAUUGUCUCCGAUACUGUGAAAGCUUUGAAAGAGGUCGUCAAGAUUGUGGGUGAGUCCUAAGAGGCUUUUA